AUGUCAACCACAAGGGCACGGCACGGCACCGCACCACCUCACCUCAGUCCCUUCCAGAGGAUCCCCUCAGCGCCGAGCUGCCGCCUCUCCCGGCCCCGCCGCGGCAGUGGCUCCGCCCCGGGUGAGAGGUCGGCGGGCGGAGCGGCGGUGAUAGCGAUGAUGGCGGCCGGGACGGGCAAGCCCCGCCGGCGGCGCGCAGGAAAUAAGCAUUCAGCUGCUCAGAAAAAUGAAGAUGCUGCUCAAAGGAAAGCAGCUCUGGAGGCUGCACUGAGACACAAGAUUGAAUGUGAGAAAAAAGCAUUGUCUAUUGUUGAGCAGCUCCUGGAAGAGGACAUUACUGAAGAGUUCCUUCUAAAUUGUGGAAAAUGUAUUACUCCAUCUCACUAUAAAGACGUUGUUGAUGAGCGAUCUAUCAUCAAACUGUGUGGUUAUCCUCUAUGUCAGAAUAAGCUGGAAAAUGUGCCAAAGCAGAAGUACAGAAUUUCAACAAAAACUAACAGAGUUUAUGAUAUCACUGAAAGAAAGUGCUUUUGCAGCAACUUUUGCUAUAGAGCAUCUAAAUAUUUUGAAGCUCAAAUUUCCAAAAGUCCAGUGUGGAUGAGAGAAGAAGAAAAACCACCAGACAUAGAGCUGCUGAAGGAGGGACGGAGCGGACGGUCUGGAGAAGAGGUGAAACUACGUGAUGAAGUAAUUAAAGCAUCUGACAUUGAAAAUCCUAGGUUAUCUCCAGAUCCAUGUGAAUCUGUUUCUCAUGACACAGCCAGUGACAGCAGCACUGAUGCUGAACAAGAAUUUAUUUCUUCUGUCCUACCAGGAAGUCAGUCAAGUUCAGCCAAUUUUGCACAGCAAUUGCACAGAAAAAGCAUCCUCAAAAAGAAGCAUACUCAGAAAGUCCAUGCCAGCCCUCAAACUGAAGAUGCAGACGUGGUAGAAGCCACUGAACAACUCUCUCAUUGUAAAUUAGACACUCAGGAAGAAAGGCACACUUGCUCUGUUCAUAAUGAAGUAACUGCACCACCUUCAGACAAUACUGCUUCUGCGAAAUCAAGUGCUUCAGAAAUCUUUGAAAAUACGUGUGGAUCACAGAUAGUUUUUCUAGGUGUGAGCAAAAGAGGAGCAGAACAUCUUAAAAGAACAUUAGCUAAGUCAACAGAACAUAACCCUGAACUGAGGCAUCCAGUUAAUUCCAAAGGCAGUUUACUAGAAGUGCUUAGGCAAACACUUAUGGAAUGGAGAACUGAGGAAACUUUAAAAUUUCUCUAUGGCCCAAACUAUACUUCUUUGUGCUCAUCAGAGUGCAUAGCAUCUGUCAACCAGGAGACUGAAGACCUUGAUGAGGAUGACUUAGAUACAGCUGAUGAUCUCGACACUCUUGCUGUAGGGGAGUCUGAAAACAGUUUGAACUACUCUUUACCUUUCACGGGCUCAGGUGGAAUAGUUAAGCCUGUGCCUAGUUAUGAAAAGUUAAAAGAAGAAACAGAGUUCCUAGAACUCCGGGUAAAAGAGUUCUAUAAAGGAAGGUGCGUCUUGGCUGAGGAGGCAGCGACACAAGCGCAAGCAGGGGAACAUCCAAGCAAAGACAGAGAUGAUCAACAGGAAGAUCUCACCUUCCCACUUGUUGAUUCAAAUGCACAAAUGCAGAUUAGGAAGCGAAUUGUCCUUGAAAAACUGAGAAAAGCAUUAUCUGCAGUUUUGGGCCCUCUUCAGAUUGCUUCAGGUGAUGUUUACACAGAGCUAAAAAAUCUUGUCAAAACUUUCCGGUUAACAAACAGAAAUAUUAUUCACAAAAUGCCUGAAUGGACUCUCAUUGCUAUUGUUUUGUUAUCUGUAUUGUCACAAACAACUCCACUUUUCAAGAAUACUCAGACAAGCCCAAUGUACACACAGUUCCUGACCACAUUACUGGAAGAACUGCAUUUCAAAAAUGAAGAUCUGGAAAGUUUAACAAGAAUAUUUAGAAUGGACUGACAACUUGAAUGGUCAGUCAACUUCAAGCUACUUUGUGUGUCUUAGAACGAAGCUGGUUAACCACAGGUUUAAUUUUCAGCAUUUUGUAAGUAUGUUCAGUAACUACAGAUUGUAUCAGCUGGAUCAGAAAAUGUGUGAAGCACAUUUUAAAGUAAAGAAAUCUGUAUGGUAUGGAAAUGAGUGUCAUCAUUUUGUCACUUACAGUAAAUGCCAGCUGCUUACUUAUCACAAUUAUCUUUUGAUAAUGUAUGGUUGGCUUACUGCAAUUUUGAGGAAUUUCUACUACCACAGUUCAUUAAAAAUAAAAAAAAAAUUGUGUGUGGCUACAA